AUGUCUUCCUCCAACAAGAUCGGCGUGCCAAACGGUGUGAUCUAUGGCGAGGAUGUUCGCAAGCUGUUUCAGCAUGCGCAGGAGAACAAAUAUGCCGUCCCUGCCAUCAACGUCACUUCCUCCUCUACUGUCGUAGCAUCUCUCGAGGCUGCCCGUAACUCGAAGAGCCCGAUCAUCCUCCAGGUCUCGCAAGGUGGUGCUGCCUACUUCGCCGGCAAGGGCGUAGACAACAAGGACCAAUUCGCUUCGAUCGCUGGCAGUGUCGCUGCUGCGCACUACAUCCGAGCUAUUGCACCAGCAUAUGGCAUCCCAGUCAUCCUCCACACCGACCACUGCGCCAAGAAGCUUCUGCCAUGGCUCGAUGGCAUGCUCGACGCCGACGAGGCAUGGUUCAAGGACAACAAGACCCCGCUCUUCUCCAGCCACAUGAUCGACUUGUCCGAGGAGGAGGUGAAGGAGAACAUCGAGACCACUGCCAAGUACCUCAAGCGUGCGGCGCCAAUGAAGCAAUGGCUCGAGAUGGAGAUCGGUAUCACUGGUGGUGAGGAGGACGGUGUGAACAACGAGUCCGUUGACAACAACAGCCUAUACACCCAGCCGGAGGACAUCUAUGAGAUCUACAAGACUCUCAGCCCCAUCAGCCCAUACUUCUCUAUAGCGGCUGGUUUCGGCAACGUGCACGGCGUCUACAAGCCUGGCAACGUCAAGCUUCACCCUGAGCUCUUGAGCAAGCACCAGAAGUACGUUGCCGAGAAGGAAGGCACCAAGGACGAGAAGCCCGUCUUCCUUGUCUUCCACGGUGGCUCCGGCUCCAGCAAGCAGGAGUUCCUCGACGCCAUCUCCUACGGUGUUGUCAAGGUUAACCUCGACACGGAUUUGCAGUAUGCGUACACUGAGGGUAUCCGCGACUACAUGAUUAACAAGAAGGAGUAUGUCAAUACCCAGGUUGGCAACCCGGAUGGCGCGGAUAAGCCAAACAAGAAAUACUACGAUCCUCGUGUGUGGGUCCGUGAGGGUGAGAAGACCAUGACCAAGCGCGUUGAGACUGCUCUCAAGGACUUCAACACUGCUGUAUCACGACCUAUCUCGAUUAUCGACACGAUUCUGCAGACCUUACACUUGUUGAGAUCCUGCUCCAACAUGCCCACGACGAUUGCUCUGGGGCUUAGUCUGUUGGCCACUUUCGCGGCUGCAACGCCAGCGCAUCAUGUGCAUCACUCGCACCCUCAAGUCUCGACAAAGCGAAGUACCUAUCCAUUCAAUCAGCUCGUGGCAUUUGGCGAUGAGCUGAGCGACAAUGGCAAUGGGUCCUACGCGCACGGCAUUAUGGGCGGGCCAACGGGCGACAGCUAUGGAUUUGGAACCUGGACAGAUGGCCCAGUUGCUGUGUCAUAUUUGGCGGACCUACUCAACGUGCCACUUGCGGACUAUGCCUUCGGCGGAUGCUGUGGAGGCUCUACUAUCGGAGCCACCAUCAACAAUACUUACACGAGCUCCGGCCCGAAGCUCCUGAACGGCGACAUCAUCCCAUCUGUGCACGAUCAGAUCUUUUGGAACUACACGAAGGGUGGCAGCCCUGGGAAUAUCAAGAAUGCUCUACAGUUCAUCUGGACAGGACAUACUGAUCUGAUGGAUCAUACCGACUGGUUCUGGGAGGGCGACCCUCAUAACGAUUGGUUCGCGAGCAACAUGUCGGAUCGCAUCACAUACAAUGCGGAACAUUUGAUCGAGCUUGGUGCCCCUUAUGUUUUCAUCGCGAACAUUUAUCCCAAGCAUCGUGCUCCCGUUGGUUUCACAUACCUCUGCGGCACAACUCCAUGCGACAAAGUCUUGCCUGUACUCGGCAACAUCAUCCAGAAAGCCAAUAACGCCAUCGAGCAAGCAGUGAAGGAAUCCAAGUACGCUGACAAGCUCAUCUAUUACGACGUGUUCACCUUCAUGGAUAACUUGAUGGACAACAAGGAUCAGUACGGCCUGACGCAACCCCUGACAGACUGGUGUGAUGGCAAAAGUGACGCAAUUUGGGAUACAUGUACCGCCGGCUCAUACUAUUGGGAGGGUGCUACGAAGUUCUUUUGGAUGACCUAUAUUGAGCCGACUACCACUGUACACAGUCUAAUUGCUCAAGACAUGAAGAAGAGGAUCGAUCAAUUCUUGGGCACAUGA